AUGGGGGUGCGUAUGCAGCGCGGGUGUGGCCCGCGAGGGGCGCCGUGCCAAUUGCAUAGGCGCAGCGCCGUUCCUACGGAGCGGGAGUGGUACCUCGGUCCGAUAAGAGGAGGUCCAAGAGGGCCAAGUUCGUGCCGGCAUUACCUUGGUGUUCCCGUGCCGCCGGCCGAUGCACGUGGGUUCGAUUUGGUUACAUCAGCCCUAAUUUCCGAUUUCCACUCCGCAGAGGUCAAAGCUGAUGCUGAGCCGGUGGAGGAGGGGUUGAAGAUGCUUCCCCUGGGGCCAGGCAACGACCCUACUCAGGUCUACAGGGACACUGUGGUGCCCCUAACCGAGGUCAAGGAAGCAGGGGACAGG